GCUGCGCAGUCGUCAGCAGCAGCAGAGAUAGCGGCAGAGACAGCGGCGCCUCAGCAAACAGUCGGCGGCGAGUGUUGAAAGCGUUAAGACGUGCAAGCGGCAGCUGAGCACAGUUAUUCACAGUGUUUGCUCUACUCUCUUGCUCUUGAUCUGCUCUCUUUCUAUCUCCCUCUCUCGCUCACUCUCUCGCCAGCGAGAAGUGGGAAAAAAGCUGCGGCAAAUAAAGGCGCGUGUAAAAUCUGUGAAAAUUUGCCUUCAAACAAAAUCAAUAACUAGAUGAAGCAAAAGCAGCGACAGCUGAAGUUAACAUAAAAAGUGAAAAUUACUGAAGAAGUUUGAUUGCGGUUCUCAGGAAAUAAAGGGUCUGAGCAUAAAGCCGCAGCUCCAAAGCGAUUGAGCGAAAAUGAAAGCGGGCCGCGCUUUUGGGUGCCUCUUCUGGGCGUUGCUUUAUUGUGUGCUGUAUUUGGAUUUGGUCAGCGCCAGCGAGGAUGAGCUGCUGGACUUUGAUUUUGCCGAUGCCACUGAGACGGACGCCAGAGCCAACUUAGAAGACUGGCAGCUGGUCGAUGAGCAGCGGGUGGAGCAGGCGGAAAAGAAACUGGAGGACAAUAUGCUUGACUUUAGCGUGGACUUGGACGAGCCGGAGCCGGAAAAGCAGCUGCCCCAGUUCGAUUGGCGCGAAAGAGUGCUGCGCACAGCCCUCUCCAAGGCGUUGACGGAUCGUGUGCUGCGCCAGAAAUUUGCCGAAGUGAUGCCCAUUCUGCGCGUGCUGUCGUCGCAGCAGCGCCUGGCGCUCUCCGCCCUGAUCUCGGCGCAAAUGAACGCCAAGCGCGGCCAGGAGCUCAAGCUGGAGCAGGUGCGCAUGAUGUUUGGCGACGACAGGAAGCUGCUGCUGCCCGUUGUCUACGAUCUGGCCAACCUAGUGAAGAGCUCGGCCCGCAAGUACAUCCGGCUGGGCAACGAGCUGGCCGCUGCGGCGCUGCGCCAAACGCCGCUGCAGAAGCGCAAGGAUCAGCUCACCCUCGAAGAGUCCGAGCAGGACGACAGCGUGGGCACUAUUGAUGUCGGUGCGAAGUCUGCGGAGGCGGCCAGCUCGCUGGAGGACUUCUUCGAUGAGAUGCAAGCGGAGGUGCUCGAUCCGCAGAUGAUCAAUGAGGCGCUACAGUCAGCCACGCCCACGGUUGCCCAGCCCCAGCCGAACGCGAAUCGGACAAGGCGCGUGCGUCGCACGGCCGAGGAAUUUGUACACAAGCUGACGCGCUCCGUGCCCGUCUCGGUCAGCGAGCAGCAGCUGCUUGGCGGCGCCGCGGGACGCACCAUCAAACUGAACACAACGAUCUUCCAGCAACCGCCUAGCGCUGCAGCGGCCAGCACGGCCGCCACACCAGCGAUCAGCACCACGCAGUCUUACGAGCAAAUAGAGGAUCUCGCCCUGGCCGGACUGAAUGGCACCGACGCCGACGAGCGUCUCUUUCAGCUGAACAAUGACAGCGGCAACAGCAGCAGCAGCAGCAGCGCUGAGGAGCCGCUGCCCAGUCCCGAGGAGCUCAUUGCGGGUCCGCGCUAUCGGCGACCCAGCCCCAAGUUGCCGGCGAUCAAGAGGAAGCGCGUCCAGAGCUCGGUUUACAGCCGUGGCCGGCCGAAGGGCUCGGCCAGCUCGCACAGUCCGGUGCUGGCGCCGCCGCACAAGAAAUGCGAACGCUUCACCAAUAACAUGUGCAUACGCACCGACGACUAUCCGCUCGAACAGAUCAUGGGCAGCAUUCGCCGGCACAAGAAUGCGAUGAGCGCUCUGCUGGCCGAGUUCUACGACAAGCCCAACAACAAUCUCGAGUUUGGCGACGAGUUCGAUGACUAUCUGCUCAACAAAAAGCGGCGCGAGGACGAGGGCAGCGCUGGGGGCAUGUGCCAGAGCGUUGUGCGCUAUGCCCGCCCACAAAAAGCCAAAGCCGCCUCCGGCGAGUGGAAGUUUAUUGUCAACACGGGUCAGCACACACAAACGCUGCGGCUGGAGAAGUGCAGUAAUCCUGGCGAAAGCUGUUCGUAUCUGGCGCAAACGUAUCGCUCGCACUGUGCGCAGGUCUACAACUACCAUCGUCUGCUGAGCUGGGACAAGGUGCGUGGCCUGCAUGUGGACAUAUUCAAGGUGCCCACCUGCUGCUCGUGCCAGGUGGACGGCUAUCGGCAGCAGUUUCCGCCGCUCUCAUCCAUCCAGGCCAAGGAGUACUCGCCGGCCGGCUACAAGCUGUCCAGCAAUGUCAAUGGCAAUGGGAACAGCAACGGCUAUAGCACCAUUAACGAGGAGGAUCUGGACUACAACGACGAAAGCGACGAGGACGAUUUGGGGCUUAGCUAUGCGCCGUACAACAGUCGCGACAACAACGAACUGAGCUACCUGAGCAGCAAGAAGGUGCGUUCCAAGCUGCCGGCACCAGCCAGCGUGGGCCCCUAUCUCAGUCCGCCCGAUGAUGAGGAUCCCUUUGGCACUGGCUACAAGAGCCACAAGAGCAGCAGCUCCAGCUCCAGCUCCAGCGCAAGCUCUAGCUCUAAAAAGUAUUACAGCCAGCUGAGCCGCCGGCGGCCGCAGCAUAAUGAGCCGCGCGUCGACAUCGAUCUGGAUCUGUCGCCCAGCGAGACACAGGCCGGACAAGAGGUAAACGUAUUUGGACCAACGCUGGCUGGGGAACAGCCGCGCGUGCCCAUCAAGCGCAAGCGUAUUUAUAGCUCCACCACCCACACAGCCGCAACCGUUGCCAGUGAAGCCGCAGGAGGAUCAGCUCGACUACGCAUACCCAUUCACAUAUCCAAAUCACAGAGCACAGCCGCAUCCACAGCCGCAGCCGCAGCCGCAGCCGCAGCCACAGCCGGCAGUCUACCAGCCCGCACAGGAGCCGCAGCCGCAGUCGGUGUCGGUGCUGCCGCCCAUGCCCACCAAGCGUCUGCUGCAUCCGGCGCAACUGCAUCAUUUAACCCUGCCCUCGGCCAGAGUAAGCGCCACAACGCCGCGAGCAAGUCGCGACCACGUUUCUAUGCGCCCGCUGCGACGACGCCCGCAGUCGCUGCCACCUCGAGCCCAGGCAGCCCAGCGGCGCCACUACCGACCACCUUCGUCCAGCAGAAGCAGCAGCAGCAGCAGCCGACGACACUUCCACAGCCGCCACAUGUGAGCUUCACCUUUGGGGAUUCGGGCAUCAGCAACGGCAACGGCACGAGGCGCAUCAACUACAGCUACCAUCCCAUCAUAGAUUUCUUCGAGAAGAACAGACGCGCGGAGGCGACAACAGCCGAGGUUAAGCCGCAGCCGCAGUCGGAGCCGGAGGAGGUGGAGGUGGAGGUGGAGCAGGAGCAGCGCCUGGGCAUGGGCGUCUAUCAGCAUGCGAUGUCCGCCUCGCACGAGCGUCGCAUGGGCUUUGGCUUUGCGGCGGCUGGUGCAGCUGGUGCUGGACGCUUUGGCUUUGCCAAUGACAAUGCAUGGCAGCCGCUGGUUGUGGCCCAUUAAAUUUAACUCGCAUGCCCCCCCGCCCCCUUUCCAUUCGAAUACCCUAGCUUACAGUCGCAUGCGGCAGUUUGUUGUAUUAAUUCGUUGUCGCCUUAGCUUGUAGUUGUGCCUGGCGGGAGUAAGUCCUAUAAUUGUCUAGUUAUUGCAACUGAACGACGUAAUCUGCCUAAUCUUACCUAACUUUAUGUUUAACAGCAUCUAAUUAAUUUA